UGCUGCAGCCGCGCCUCUGUAGACAGGUUAGCGUGUUCUGAACCAAAGAAGAUAUUCCACCUACCUUUGAUUAAACUGCUGGUUGGAUGCAGAGACGCUUUCAGUAAACGACACUGCGCCAAUGUAAGAAAGGCGCGUUUAACUACCAACAAAUGCACGAGUGAAAACCGAUAUAGUGUAAAAGCGAGCAGAGCGCUGUACAGUACAAUGCAGGUAGGCUGCCUAUCAUUCAGACAGCCUUAUGCCGGGUUACUUCUGAAUGGUAUCAAAACAAUCGAGACACGCUGGAGACCCCUGCUGUGUGAACAUAGGAACUGCACUCUGGCGAUUCACAUCGCUCAGCAGGACUGGGAAGACGCGGUGUGGAGAGAAAUGCUCACAGAGAGACUUGCGAUGACAACCGAACAAGUCCAGCAACUGGUGGAUCAAGGAGAGAGGUUCGGCAGAGGAGUUAUUGCAGGCCUGGUUGACAUUGGUGAGACCUGGCAGUGUCCUGAAGAGCUGUCUGCUGAAGAGAUGAGGGACCUGGAAACCAAAGCCCUGCUGAACGGCCUGGAGGAGAAGUACCUGACUCUGGUCUCCAAUCCCAGGUGGCUGAGGGAGCCUCUGUACUCCAGGGGGCGCAAGGACGUGUGGACAAUAGAGAUUCCUGAGCGCCUGAUUCCAUCGCCCUGCUCAGUGUGAUGUCUGCCUUAAGACAAGCGGUGUCUCCUGGAAUGGGCCUUUCAUCCAUCCAGGGAGUGCUUUAGAAACUCGCAACAGCGCUCAGCAGCCCCCAUCGUUUUCAAGAAUGUCUGUUUAAACUGUCAUGUCCAUUUUAAAUUCAAUUCAAUUCAAUUUUAUUUGUAUGGAGCGCCUUUUGCAACAGGUCGCCACAAAGCACUUUACAAAGGCAAAAACAAUACAUAUUACUGAACAACAGUAAACAUUUAAAAAAGAACAGAAU